AUGCAGAAAAAGGUAAACUCAAAGGGUGCAAAAAACAACGGAGAAAAGAAAAUCAAUCAAGUAAUAACCACAUCUUCAGGAAGGGAAGAAGAUCCCUCGGAGGAAUCCCUCAACCAAUACAUGAUGCGGAAGAACUUCAAAAGGCUAAACAGUGUAGUCAAUUACAUACUAAUAGAGAUUAUCGAAAAAACACUCUACCAGGAAAACAAAAAUGCUAAAACCAUUUUGCAGUCCCUCAUGCUGGAUUUAAUAAAAUGCUGCGACAAUCCUUUAUUCAGCACAAGUACUCUCUUUGUGAAAAAUUCUAUUCAUAUAUUCUUUGACGUCAUUAACAAAAGACAUGAAGGAAAUGUAAAAGAGACCUGUCUUUUUAUAUUAAGAUACAUUUUGAAAUAUACAUUUAAUGUUUACAAUUAUGUGAAUGACGCUUGCUUCCAUUUAUUGUACAACCUGAACCAGGAACUGUGCCAAAAUAAAUAUAUAAAGCCCUUCUUUCAAUUGGACAAUUUUGAGGAAGACAAGGAGGGUCUCUCAACCCACGCUUGCAUGACACAGGAGGACAUUUCAGGAAAAAAAAAAAAUAAACCAAAGAGGAAGAAAGCGUUAAAGAAGGAACACGCCAAGGAAUGGUCAAAAGGGGAGGUAAUUCAUACCAACCCAGGAGAAAGUCUCCCCAGAGAAAUGAUGAAACUCCUCAGGUGCUGCGACGAGGUGCACAAAAACGAUCAACUCCUCCGUUGCCAGCAAUGUGAAUCGCUUUAUCACAAGACGUGCAUUUAUAAAGACGCCAAGAACAUGAACACGCAGAGGGACAUUCCUCAAGAGGAUAUCACCUCGGUGUACAGCAGCCUUUGUCAAACAGGAAAAGAUAACCAAACAAAGGGACAGAAAAAAAACGGUCACUGCGAAGGCCCUGAAAAGGACACCACGAAUCAUAUCGAAACAAUUUUGCAUUCCUCCAACGUAGCAGAACACAACUGUGAGAACUGCAAAGUGAGAAAUAUAAUAAAAGGGAUUAUCAUCAGAGAGGCACAAGGGAACAACACCUUCCUGAAUAGCAAAUUUAAGAGGAAGAAGGAAAAGAAUAAGGGCUUCUACUGUUUUGAAAAAUUUGUAAAUAAGCUGAAAGCCUUCGUCAUUUAUUACUACUACUUGGUUGUACACCUCAAAAGUGACAACAUCGUUGAAGGCAUGGACAGGAGCUUCAAUAAUGUGUACUCUUACAUACUCAUCCUGCAUAAUGAUUUCUUCUGCUUGGAUGGGGAUCCAGAGGAGGCAACUGUGAGGUGCAUUACGGGCGAAAAGGAGAACAACAAAAACUACUACAACAAGCACAAGGGCGGCGCUUCUGUGAAGGGCACCGCUUCUAUGAAGAGUAUCGCUUCUAAGAAAGGCGCCGCUUCCCUGAAUGGAGACAAACCCACCCGUGUGAGUAAAUUCACCCAGAUGCUGUGCCACGAAUACAGAAACGCCCACAGGAAGGAUGACGAGGCCCUGGCCAAGUGCACCAGCGCACAUAACUUCGACAUGUACAUCAACAUCGUGUGGAAGAUUCACCUCUACUUUUCCUUUUACGAUUAUUUCUUCGUAGCCCUCAAUCAGCUCUUCUACAUACUCUACGAAAACGGAAACAAAAAUCUCAGGUACUAUAGCAUUUCCAUAAUCAACAAUAUUAUAAGUGAUAACUACCUCUACUUGAAGUGCAAACAAACACAAAACAUUCUUAUGUCUUGCCUGACGGAUAAUUACCUAAAGGUAAGAGAGUACACACUGUACAUCUACUACCACUUCUGCAAGAAUUUUCUGGAGGUAGAAAAUUUGUCAAAUUGGGGCCAAUUUAGUGGAGGCAUAACCAAACCAUCGCUCAGUAGUACCAACACUAAGGAUAUUGAAGCGAAGGACAAUCUCACUCAUGAGGAGAAAAAUGCACACAAGGGGAAGAAAAAAAGACUCAAUCAUUACCAACGUAACCAGUCCAUCGACCUGAAUCAAUACAUCACAAACGAGAUUGUAGACUCCAUUAGGAGGUGCUCAAAGGACAUAAAAAUCAGCAUUCGAAUUGUUAGUGUGAAAAUUUUAAAAUACAUCAUCUAUUUUAACGUCUACGCGAAGAGAUACCCUCGGGAAGGGGGACAAGCAGGGAGCGGACAUGACGAUGGGGAGCAGGUGCAGCACCACGUAAACGCUGACGGAGGACAGCGUACCAACCAAAGCAACUGCAUCCGCGACAACCUGUCCAUCAUGAAUGACCUGAUCGAGCGCUAUGUGUCCACCUUCGACAAUGAAACGAUGAAGAGCGCCGUCCUCGAAAUAUUUAUCGACAUUUUCUUCAUUAACAUAUUCACGCAAGCGAAGCGCAAAAUGGAAAAAAGGGAAGACAACCCAGAACUAGACCACUAUCAUCAGGAACAUGCCCAUGGGGGGGAGUACACAAAAGCCCAACAUGGUACAGAGUACCAAUCGGAAGAAGAAAGCCAAUCAGGGCGUAUGGAACAGGAUUCCACGAUGCAUAUAAAGAUUGAAAAAAAUAUUUACACGCUCUUCAUUCAUCUUCUUUACGUAAUGAAAAACAAACACAACAUAAACAUCGUUAGUAAGAUGCUCUCCCAUAUGGAGAAGAACGUGAAAAUGUAUGACGAGAGGUUGGACACUGUUCUGCGCUUUGUGAGGGAAGAUGAAAGGCAGGGGGUGCAUCGCUACAGCGCCGCUCGUAGUGGCCUCUACAACGCCGCCCAUAGUGGCGGUGCGUCGGGUAACACCAAAGUGGGGGCAAAAAGUGGCUACAGAAAUGGGAACAAACGUGGAAGCAAUUUACCAACACAGGGGGGAUGCUGGACAGGAAAAGGAAAAACCACCAACCACCAAAUGAAUAAGAAAAAUGCACAUGUUUCGAUGGACGCAUAUGACGAGCAUGAAUUCUCCGAACAGGGAGAAACAACCCUCGGACAAACCAAAGAACAAACCAACCUGCUCAAAAUUAAAAACAGCAUAUAUAACAUAUACCUGAGCAACUCCUACAAGUACCUAGAAAUUUUGACCAAAAAAAAGGUGAAGUAUGUACUACAAGUAUGGAUCGAUAAUUUAAUUUCCCUCUUCAUUACAAGUAGAAGAAAUAGUGCCCUCGAAAAGGAAACAAAAAAAAUUAUAAACAUAUUUAAUAUCAUAAUCGAAAUUAUGCCCAGCUUAUUUAUUAAAUAUAUGAAUUUUUUUUAUCCCUAUAUUUACAACAACGAUGUUUCAAAGGAUGUGUGCGAAUUAUUGUCCUCGAUCAUUCCUCAUUGUAAAUUGAACUUAAAUUUAAAAUUCCAGUUCAAGAGGGUGCAUUUCAACAAUUCUCUUCUUUAUCAUCAAAAUAUUUUUAUUUCGAGAUCCUAUGUCCAGCUGCUCUGCACACUACACACUUAUAUUUUUGCGGACUUUUUUUAUUUCAAGAAUUAUAUCCAAGAGUCCCUUAUAAAGCUACACAAAUACAAGUUAUGCUUCCUAAUAAAUAAUUAUGUCGUGCAGCUAAACGACUUUGUGCGUGAGUUUCAGUUUAUGACUCAGGAGGAGAAAGAGCAUGUGAGGGGGAAACUUUGCCAGGCGUUUACUCAAACAACGGAUAUUAAUGAUGGAGAAGAGGGAGAUCUCUCGAAGGGACAGAACCACCCCGAUCACUACUUCACCUGCAAUCUGAUCGAUAUGCCCUAUGAAGAAUUUGUCAAUCACCUGGACCAGUACAAAAAACACAUCUUCGACAUUUUCUGCGUGACGCAUACCGAUGUCCUAAAUUUAGAUAAACAUGCCUGGCUCAUUUCUGUCAUGAUGGAAUUUAUCAACAUCAACAAAAUUAUUGUCAACGAUGUGUAUGCCGAAGGGGUGGACCCACACACGCAUGUCUGGGUUGCCGACACAGUAGAGCGGGCCAAAGGUGUAGAAUCGAAUCAAUACACGAGAAAGAAAGACAAAACAGAUCACCAAAAAUACGAUGACAACAAGCAGAAAAAUAGCUUGAAAUAUAUUAAACUCUCCGAUAUUGCAAAACGUGUACAAAUAUACAGCCAAGGAACUCUCUACUUCGAAUUUAUGUACAAUAAGGAAGUCGAUUAUAUUAACAAAUGGAAUACUCGCAAACUGAAAAAUGAAAUAAUUACAGAAAUUAUUAAAAAAAAAAUUAACACUAACAAGAUUGAAAAGUUUGUCGAUAUAUGUAACUAUAAAUUUUUUGAUCUGUCUUCAAUUGUGGUCAAUCUAAUUGUAGAUUUGUUCUACAUUUCGAAUGAUAUAAAAUACAAAUGCUUUUUCCUCCUAUGCUUAAGUAAAAUACUGUCCAAUUUUUACAACUCCCAUUUUAUUAACGACUUGAAAUUGAGAAAUGUUUUCUUUUUUUGCAUUAAUUCCUUCAAUCCAAUUCUGCAGAAAAAUUUCCUCUACACACUGCUUCAGCUCAUUAAGACGUAUGAGCAGUUUCUUAACAACAAGGAUAAUUUGCUCCUCGCGCAAAGUAUCAACAUGGGGAAGAAAUGCCAAAGUGAAGUUCACGGUGGGAGAAUCAGCAUGGUUGUGCCCCCCAAUGAGCAACAAAAUAAAAAUGCCAAGAAAGGGAAAAUAAGCUCCGCCAGGGGCGGAAACGCUAAUCAUAAGAAUUGCCAAAGGGUAGAACGUGCAAAUGGGGAAGAAAACACCCACUCGGAUGUACACCAUGAGGGGGGUGAGAACAAACGCAGAUUCCAUUUCGACACUCCCAAUAUAAGUAGUCAUGACGAACCAGGAAAAGACAAGCACCUGAAGGAGAGAGUUAAAAGGGAGGCAAACCUGGAGGAGGAAGACACACAUGAACCACAAAAAAAAGGCCCCAAAAAACGAGAAAAGGAACCGAAUAAGGGCAUAAACAAACAAAAAGACAAUGCGGACUCCAUUUCAUACGAACCAAAUGAAACGCUACUUAUGAGUAAUGAGCAAGUCCCGGAUAGCCCCAAUUUAGGCAACCCAGAAAAUGCGCACAACAACGAUAUCAUACACGUCCUCCUCGUGGCUUCCUUAUUUUCUCAAAAAAUUAUUGACCUUCUCAUUGUUAACCGAUUUAUAUACACAGACUGCUCUGCAGAAGAACUGUACAUGAUUAAAAAUUUAGGCAUUCAGAUUUUGGGAAAUCUGUACAAAGAAGGAUUCAUCCAGGGGACGAAAAUCUGCCCCAGCAUUUUCUGCCUUUGUUUCAGUCCAGAUAUGAAAUUAAAAUGUAGAAGUGAAAAAAUUAUUAAUUGCAUUUUGGACAAGGAAAGUUACAACUUCGUAAACAGCCUGGCGGAGUGCCUCCAGCAUAUGCUCUUCUACCUCAUAGAAAAUCACUACAUGUGCAGUAAUUUUGACAGGGCGCAUUUUGACAGGGGGAAUAUUCACAGGGCCCAUUUUGACCAGGAGAAAAAUCGCCCCAUGGGGGACACUACCCACUUCCUAACCCCAGACACACUCCUUUUUAACAAGAUGGAGCAACCCUUCUUCCAGUGCCUGCUAGACAUAUAUGACCGCUUAACCCAUAAAAAUUUAAAAAUAAAAUAUGUCAAAACGGUACUUAAAGAAAUCGAAAACGCAUGCCACCUAGUAUUGUAUGAUAAGGUUCGAAGCUUCAUACGGGAUGUGGGUGCCAAGUACAACGCCUCCACGGGGGGAGGAACACAUGCAGAGGGUAACACUAUAGACUGCUCUAGGAGAAAUGACUCCAACGUAAACGUCUCCGUUCGCAUUCCCCAAGUAAAGGAUAUAUACGCACUCAUCGUGAAGAAGUACAUGCCGGACAGUGGGUCCAGUGUUCAGAGUGACGAUAUACGCGACAGUGACUCGGAUGAAUUUGCCACGAAAAGAGCUACGAGGGGGAAUACAAAGGGGGCUAACCGGGAGAGGAACGUGGAGAAAAAAAUACAAAUGGAGGGAAAGAAGGCGCCCAAGAAUAGCGGCAAGGCAAGCAGCAAAAUGAUGAAUAAGGACGAAGAGACAUCCACUUGCUCCAAUUCAAAGUCUAGCGAAAAAAUCUUCGAUGAAGAUAUUUCCGACGUAGGAACCAGCUCAGAACAGAAUAGCGAUGAAAAAGACAUAAUCGAAAAAAUAAAAAAAAAAUACAACCACCUUGUACACCACAAAAUGAACGUAGACGAAUUUACCUAUAUUAAUUACUUCCUUUUUUUAUAUAUUCAAAUUUUGACCUACCUCCUCUCCUACCUAAACUUCACAUCAUAUAACGAAAUGGCAUUACUAAUUCAUGAUAUCAACAAGGUGUACUAUGUCAUUUCGGCCACUGUUAAUAUUAGCUCGGAGGGGUACAGCCCCAAGUGCAACCACAGCUACUUUCACUCCAUUGAUGAACCCAUCCAGGAGCUCUCACACGAAGAUGAAAUGAACCUUGAACGUGACAGCGAAAAUUUCUCUAGGGUAAAUUUGAACCUUUGUAAAAUCAAGUGCUUCGCCAUGGUCCUGCUAAACAGUUUGACUAACCACUUGGUGCGGCAUUAUCAGGUGGACACCUCCAGACUCAACGAACUGAUCGAAGAUGACAACGCAAAAGAAAACAAAAUAGAGGAAGAAGUCAGAGAAGAAAAAAAAAAUAUUUUCAAUUAUUACGAAUACAUAUAUCAGUGCAUCGAAAUAUUCGUAGAAGACAAUGCGCUCAUCAUGGAAAAGCACGCUAGACAUAAUUUAAACAUGCAUAACUUGGGCACGCACAAUUUAAAUAGUGAUUACAUAAAUGGGCUUAUGAAUGAUGGAAAAAACAAAAAAUUCGCGCAGAAAAAAAAACAGAGGGAAGUCUCAAGGCAAAGAAGGUUGACCCUGAAGAAGAAUCCCUAG